AUGGUGAACAUCCCCUAUAAUAUCCCUCGGGCAACCACGACACCUGAUCCCACAACCUUUAUAACAUCUGGUGGUACAGCCCCUACAGCUGCAGUAACAACCUUUACAACACCUGCAAUCACACUAGCUUCAAUAGCAGCAGUUACAACCAGUGCAAAACAUAUUGCUGCAACCAAUACCUCACCUAAUGUAACAACCACUGUAGCACCUACUAUAACAACUACUGCAGUACCUGCAUCAACAUUUCCUUCAACAUUUGUUACACUGCAUGGUAAAACUACAACUACUAUGCCUUUCACUAUAAACACUAAGACAACCAGCACAACACCUAUUGUUGCUACACCACCUAUAAAGACAACAGUUACAUCAAGUUCAUCACAUGCUGAUUCAACCACUACAUUGCAUUUGGCUACAACUAUUACAAAACCUGCUGCAAUAACCACUACAAUUCCUGCAGUUACAUACACUUCCACUCCUUCUGUUAAAACUACUUUAAUGACUGCUGCUGCUAUCGAUAAAGUAAACACUGCAACACACUCAUUCACAUCCACUUUAAUGCCUGCUUUUACACCUUUGGUUCCUGCCAGCACAACCAUUAAAGUGCCCAUUACUACCAGUUCUAAAAAUACCUUCGGUAUUAGACACUACAAUAUCUACAGUUACACCCUCUUUAAGACUCAUGUUACAUUAUAUUCAACACACAAUGCUAAAACCACUACAGUACCUCAUAUGACAAGUACAACACCUGUCAUGAUAACCACAAUAACCCAUCCAGAUAAAGUUGCAGUAACUCCUGCAGUUACAUCCAAUUCUAUAACAGCUCUUACAUCCACUUCAACUGGUGGGGUAACAAAAACCACAAGAAACCCAACAACAACUACUGCACCUAUUAUGGCAUCUGCUAAAACAUCUGAAACUAUGAUGCCACCUACUCAAAUAACUUUUAAAACAACUAUAGUAACAUCUGCUUCAACACCUGUUGUUAAAUCUACUACAGCACUGCAUGAUUCACUCACUUCAAAUUUUGUUACUGCAGCUCCAGCUAGGACUACCAAUAUAGCAGCUGAUGUAACAAGCACUCUAAUGCCUACCAUAACAACCACAACACCAGCAAUUACAUCCGCUUCAAGAACCACUGUUACAUCUACUUCAAUGUCUACAAGCACAAUAAUGCCUCUUAUUACAAUAACUGGAGUACCUGCCAUGGCUACUGCAAUAACACCUACUGUAAUAACCACUGCCACACCUGCAGUGACAGCCUACAGAACACCUGAAGUGACAAUCACAACAAAACCUGAAGUUACAUUAACGCCAACACUACCCAUCAUAACAAGUACUACAUUUGAUUCUGUAACCACUAUGCCAGCUGCUAGGCAGCCAUGA